UGUACUUUAUUUAAUCAGCUUGUUAAAAUUAGUAUGACAGUCUGCACAAAUUUAGGCUACAAAAUUGAGAAACACUCAUGGGAAAGCCUAUUAUAAUGGCUAUUAUUUGGCCCCUCAAUAGAUCAGAUUAAAAGUUGAAUGUCAUGGCCCAUGAAGCCUCUUUGCAGGGGCUUAUAUCGUCACUCCCAUGGGUCCGGUCUUGAUAGAAUAAUCAUGUUCAUCUUUACAGCUGAUUGUUUUACCCAUUUUUGUGCAACUUUUAGUUUCUUGCUUAUGAUUGCAGUAAUUGCAAAGAACUGACCUUUUUCAAGUUGCACCUCUAAACCAAACAAAAGAAAAUGCAAUUGUGUCACACUUAUGUGGCGCUUUUUCAUCUGAACUAUUAUUAACGAUUAACAAUUAUCGGCCAAUUAACAAUUAAAAAUCGCUUCUAUGUGUUUCUGUUUCGUCAUCAAAUUAAAAAGAUUCACUGUUAACCACUCCAAGACAUCGCCGCUUUCAAGUGGCCCAUUUUCUCAUUAAUUUCUCUGGAAACAAUGAUUUUCGUAACCUCAACCGAGCGCGGGAGAUGGGAGGGAGAAAGUGGGGGAAAAUAAGCCUAUUUAGUGCGUUUCCAGUCCAGUGCCACCACGUUGGGUGUGAGUUGACAGCUGUGUAUAUCAGAGGCCACAUCAUCGCUCACUCUCCUCUGGUGCUUCUCAUACUCAGACGGAGAUAAUAGGCUAUUAGAGGCAUGGGAUUAAUUUGUAGCCAAUUACCACUCACAGUGGAAUAUUAAUGCAUAAAUAAGCCACGGCUUUAAGUUUUGGAGAUGGUCAGAGCUGUGUAGAGGGGAGGGUAUCCAGCUGGGCGCGCGCGAGCGUGUGUGUAUGUGACAUAAACGACGGGGUGUCCCAAGGAGACGGUUCAAACCCAAAAAAGGACCUGAGCAGGGGGACAUCAGCAUCACCAUCUAAAGACCGGCUGGAUCAACUCCUGACCAAAAUCAUCUUAAGUAGCAGUCUGAACUUAUUUGUCUAUGUAUUUUCACCAGCAUGUGUACUGUUGAAUAAAGAACGGCAAAAGAGAACAGAAGUCAGACGGCUGUGCUGCCCUCUGGAGAGCUAUGAACCGGGAUAAAGUGCAGGUUGGCGACUCCAUCGUACCUGCCGCUGCCGGCGUGAUCGUGGUCGCUCCGCAGGACGGCAUGGACGACAAGCGCCUCGCUGCCGGAGAACUGCCCGUGUUUAACUGCGCCGGAGGGAGAGAUGCUUUACCGGCGGAGAGCCAAGAAACCUCACCGAGACACGAGCCUUCACCCGCGGGCGCGCCUCCUACCGUACACCGGACAACCUCGUUCUCGGUUCUGGACAUUUUGGACCCCAAUAAAUUUACUAGUAAGAGGCAAACACCUAAUAGGACAGGUUGUGAUUUCACGUUUGGUACAGAAAACAGAAGCGAUGACUCAAAUCAUACGAUCGAGCACAAGUCUUAUCAAGAGGACUACGACUGUAAAAAAACAUCAGAAGACGGAUUUGUGUUCCGGUCAGAUGAAUGUGAGGCUGAUUUUACCCGAGGGAAUCAGUCGGACAUCGAGCUGCAGGAGGAUCUGUGCAGCGAGGAGAGCAGCGCCCUGCUAGGAAACAACGACGCCGAGUUUGGGCAGCACGAGGACGACGACUCACUAAACAAAAGUCCAGAAGGACAGCAGACUCAACAGUCCUCAUCAAACGGACAGAGUCACCCGGUGAAGCCCAAGCGUAAGCGCUCCGGCUCGGACUCGAAGUCUGGAAAACCCAGAAGGGCCCGGACUGCGUUCACGUACGAGCAGUUGGUGGCUCUGGAGAACAAAUUUAAGUCGACGCGAUACCUGUCCGUGUGCGAACGCCUCAACCUGGCGCUGUCUUUGAGCUUGACGGAGACUCAGGUGAAAAUAUGGUUUCAGAACCGUCGGACAAAGUGGAAGAAACAGAACCCAGGCGCGGACACGAGCGCACCGACAAGCGGGAGCGGAGGUGGACCGAGCAACGGACUGAGCGGCCUGAGUCCUCUGAGCCCGUCUCCUCCUAUGAACGGUCAUCUGUCCAUGCACACCAGCUAUCCGGGUCACACGCCAGGAGGACUCGUAUGCACCACUCAGUUACCCUUUCUGCCGGGUCACGCGGUACUGUCACCCUUCAUGCUCGGCUCUCAGACUUAUGGAGCUCCCACAUUUUACGCACCACACUUAUAAGAAGAAAUCUUUAGGAGGUGCCCUGCAUCGGAAGAAACAAAACGUCCGGUCAACUCUGCACAGGAACAUUUUUAACAUGAAGCACUAUGCUGUCACACACUUGCAAAGACAUUUGAUAGGUCUUAAAAACCGAGAUAUAGCAACCAUUCUGCACUGUGGCAAACCCAGAAUUAGAAAUAAUUUUCGGCAUUACAUGCUAAUAAUUAAAUCUAAUUUAAAUUUGCUUCGUUUUGAUCAACUGUGAAUAUUUCUGAAGGUCAAACUGUAUAUAUUUAGUUAUGAAAUGUGUUUAGACAUUAACUUUGAUAGCAAAUGUAGUAGGGAAUUAAACGAUUAUGUACUGAAACAAAGAAAAAUCGUGUAAACAUAAGCCUAAUGAAAAGUUUUUUUUUUUUUUUUUUUUUUUUUUUUUUUUUUACUGUGGGCCAUAUUAUUUAAUUCUGACGUUGCAUAGACUAUGCUAUUAUUUAAUUGUUUGUCUCCCAAUUAAAUGGUUGAAAUAAAAUGGCAGAUGACAGAUAAGUUGUCAAACAUUUCGUUGUCAUAAGCCUGGCUUUAUGAACUAAAUUUAAAACCAAGUUUUACAUGAUCUUGCACUAUAUGCUAAUCCAUGAUUUGAAAUUGAAUUUUCUAAACUGAGAAACCGCUUAAAACGCUGGGAUUAAUUGCGGUCAAUUUCGUUCAAUGAAGAGCGAACAGGUGUUCUAUUGGUAAUCGUUUACCUUACAUUUCACGUCGUUUUUACGAAUAUAUAAAGUUUUUCCCCUUUGAAAACCUUAUGUUUAAUGACUCAGGCCAAAAUAGUUUAUUGUUGAGUUGAUUUACUUGAACAUUAGCCUACCUAUUUACCUAUAUCUACGAAUUUAUCAUGUAGAAAAUAUUAUAAUUUUACAUUUAUAAAUAUUUAAAAUAAUAUAUGUUCCUUUUAAAUUUACUUAUUGUUUUGAUAGUUGCUUAAAUAUCAAUAACGUAGCCUAAAUGUUAGCUGAUAACUACAGAAAUGCAGUUGAAAAGAGGCUAUUAGAAUACUUCUAUUGCAAUUUACAGUUUUGUUUGUUAAAAAUAUUUUUGUCUAUUAUUGUUAGAUUUCAGCUUGAUACUGAAAGAAAAACUGUGACGUCUAAAACAGGACUCUGUUGUUUCUGAAAUUUGCGUACUUUAAGUAACCUAUAAAUAUUAGAAUAAGUAAUAUUAAGGAAUCCAACGCCUUAAAACGAAUUAUAGUUUCAGCCUUGCUUGUGCAAUUGUUUUUGAUGCAUGCUUUGUACACUGCUUAAAUUUCGAAUGGCGUAAACAUUACAUUAAACCUAUAAUAAGCAAAGUUUUAUUUUACGCAAAAUUCAACGGGAUAAUGUUAGUGAUUGUUUCAUAAAAUGGUGUUUUAAAACAAUUUAAGAUAUAUUAUAAAAUAUAUUUUAAAACAAUUGCUAAAUUCGUUU